CACUCCUCCCAUUCUCCACCAAACCAUCCGCACCGAAGAGAAAAGAAACCACACCAACCCCCAAAACCCUUUCCCGCAUCUCGCCGCCGCCACCAACUCCACCGCCGCGGGGAUCGCCAUGGCCUCCACGGCCUUCGCCGCCGCCAAGUUCCUCCCGUCAGCCCACCUCGACUCCUCCCCGCGCCUCUCCCAGCUCCGCGCCGCCCCGACCGCCAACCUCUCCUUCUCCCCGCUCCCCACCUCCUCCUCUUCCUCGCUCCUGACGCUCCGAUCCCCUUGCCCGUCUGGCCCAGGAGGGAAGCUGCCCCCUCCCCCGCGCUCCUACGGCGGCGGCGGCGGAUCUGGCGAUGCCGCGGACUCAGGGGGCGACGGCGGCCGUGGUGGCAUCCUCGGCAUGUUCCUCGCCGGCUGGGCGGCCCGCGUCGCCGCGGAUCCCCAGUUCCCCUUCAAGGUGCUCAUGGAGGAGCUCGUCGGCGUCACCGCCUGCGUGCUCGGCGACAUGUCCUCCCGCCCCAACUUCGGCCUCAACGAGCUCGACUUCGUCUUCUCCACCCUCGUCGUCGGAUCCAUCCUCAACUUCGUCCUCAUGUACCUCCUCGCCCCCACCGCGGGGGUCUCCGCCGCCGUCUCCGCCCUCCCCAGCCACAUGUUCGAGGCGGGACCCUACUCCGUUGGCUCUCGCGUCGCCACCCUCGUCUCCAAGGGCGCCACUUUCGCGGCCGUCGGCUUCGGGGCUGGGCUCCUCGGCACCGCGAUCUCCAACGGGCUCAUCUCCCUCAGGAAGCGCAUGGACCCGGCGUUCGAGACUCCCAACAAGCCGCCACCCACCAUGCUCAACGCCGCCACCUGGGCGCUCCACAUGGGCAUCAGCAGCAACCUGCGGUACCAGACCCUCAAUGGGUUCGAAUACCUUCUUGGCAAGGCCGCCCCGGCUCCGGUGUUCAAGGUCUCCGUUAUUGCCCUACGGUGCAUGAACAACGUGCUUGGUGGGAUGUCCUUUGUGAUGCUCGCGAGGCUGACUGGCGCGCAGAAGUCGGAUAAGCCGGCGACCUCCGUUUCGGAAGCAAAGGAGAGAUUGAUAGCUGAGGGAGAUGCCAUUGCUGCGAAUGUUGGCGCUGAGGGAAGGGAUGUAGAGGGGAAGUAAUUGGAUAUACAUGCGAGGGUAAGUAAGUGGAUGCAUCCUUGCUUGCUUGCGCCGUGCAUCGCCCAAGCCUCAUUUGCUGCUUCUUGACAUGAGGCAAGAAACUUGUAGAUGAUGAGUCGGUCGGUCGGUUGGUAAUAAUGAGUGAGGCUUGAAACAUUUUUUGUUCAGUUGGUCCGUGGUGUUCAUGGUGAUACGCGAUGACAUGCUUAGUUGAUCCUAGAAUAAAGCUUUUUACCUUGGCUGCUUGCUUGCUCAUUUGAUCAUUGGCUUAACUGUGAGCUUAUACUUCGCAAUAACACCAGUUGCUUGAUUU